AUGGAGAAUCCCAUCGUCGUUUUUGACGAUAGUGCGACGGACGACGACGCCGACGCCGACGGGGCCCUCUUACACGGCAAGCUGGAACUCAUCGUCGACGAGGACAGCAUCGACCUGGUGACAGUGCACGGGGUUCUCGACCAACACAUCCUCUACAAGAAGCCUGCGCACAGCUCCUGUGACGAUUGCCUACACAAGCACAAGACCCUAGCGCAGUGGCCCUUUGCCAACCGCCUACAACGCCUGCGUCGUGGCGUGUAUACCUAUCCGUUUGCCUGCCGUCUGGACAUGCGCCUCCCCGCAUCGUUGGACACCCCCAUCUACGCCAUAUCGUAUCAUCUCAAGGCCGAGGCAAAAUUCGCAAAGGCAGGCCACGCUUCGAUAGCAAGCGUCGCCGCGGAACGCCCCGUCAAGAUCGGCCGGGCCACCGUCCGCUUGCCGCCGCCGCUCCCUUUGCGCUCCGUCACGGAGCAUCGUUCCGGCCCCAUCGAGAUAGCACUGCGGUACUCCAGGAUUGUCGAUCCCACGGCGCCCAAUAAGGUCGCGCUGCAGAUAUUCCGCUCUGAUGAUUGUACGGGCCUGUGGACGCUUGUGCGGGUGACGUGGAAACUCACUGAAAAGGUGCGAGUCGUUCCGUCGGCGUGCGAACGGCACAAGACGAGCGCAUCGGAGGGACCCCCACGGAUGAGCGCGCAGGUCCUAGGCAAAGGAGUGCUAAGCGGCGAGUGGCCUUGCUACGACCAUGACAGAGGAGGAGAGGGCUUGCAAUUCGAGUACUCCCUCGACGGUGAUGAGCCGCCGCCGCACGAUGGCCGACACAGUACGUUUACGUGUUCCGGCGAUGUUGACUACGGGAGCAACGCGAGCGUCACGCACAGCUUGGCUGUAUCGAUGAUGUUCCACCGCGAAUCCCAUUCCGAUAGAAAGGGAUCGAGAGCGGACGACCCGGAGAGCAGAAUCGUCCAAGUACAAUGCGAUGUCCGUCUGGCCAGAUACUUUUCGCGCCGGGAGAGGGAAGAUGCGGACGCCGCUCCAGCGUAUCUCGACCUCGCGCCUGGUCCUCCGGACUAUUCAUGCUAG